AGCGAAGAAGUCUCUAGAGCCUAGAAGGUGAUUGGAAGGAAGAGAACAGAGAACGUCCGGUCAUCCACAUCUGCUAUAAAUAAUUCUAUGUAAAUGAAUUCCAAAAUUUUAAGGAGUGAAACUGGAGCACGGUGAAACAGACUGAAGAGGAAAGAGGGAAGUGAGUGGGGAGAACUCUGAUUCUCAGAAGGAAGGGAGCCUUCAUCAAUGGCGUCUUCUCUCAACAAAUUAUCUCCAUACAAUAAAUAUGAGAUAAGGAAGAGGAAUCCAGACCCUAAAUCAUGCGCUCUUCUGGUCAUUGACAUGCAAAACUACUUUUCUUCCAUCGCCAAGCCCAUCCUCUCCAACCUCUCCACCACAAUCCAUCUCUGCCGGGACGCCUCCAUCCCUGUCAUCUUCACGCGCCACUGCCACAAGUCCCCCGAUGACUACGGCAUGCUCGCUGAGUGGUCGAACGACGACCUCGUCUUCGAUGGCACCCCGGAGGCGGAGCUUAUUCCCACACUCGAUCGGAAGCCCGCGGAUAUGGUGGUGGAGAAGAACACUUACAGCGCGUUUAGGAACACUAAUUUUGAGGAGAAGCUUGUGGAGAUGGGGGUAAAAGAGGUGAUUGUGACGGGGGUGAUGACGAACCUCUGCUGCGAGACGACGGCGCGUGAGGCGUUUGUGAGAGGUUUUAGGGUAUUCUUCUCUGCGGAUGCCACGGCGACGUCAAAUUCGGAGCUCCACGAGGCCACUUUGAAGAACAUGGCUUAUGGGUUUGCUUAUUUGGUAUGUUGUCAGAGGCUUCGGCAUGCUCUCUCUGUAAAAUAAACCUUCGAGACAGAUUCUCUAUGUUUUAAAUAAAACUUCUUUCCUUCUCCAAAAGAACGUUUUGGAUUGCUAAUAACUGUGCUCAUGGAAGCAAAUUACUAGUGUAUGCUAAAUGCAGGGGAUCCAAACAGGGCCGAAAUUGGAAGUAU